AUGACUGAAGUGGAACUGAGGGACCUAGUAACCAACUAUAACAAGCUCAAAUCAGUGUGCCGACCCCUCCACCCCCUCUACUCACGCAUCUCUCACGCGUUAUCCUGGAGAAACACCCAGUUUACAAUAUGCUCCCUCGUGGUAACCACUACACUCCUCAUCUACCCUGCCUAUCUUCAGUUUGCUCUGCUGGCUGCUUUAACUGGCGUGUUCAGUGUCAGUUACAUGGGCAACUUCUCUCAGAACCAACAUUCUAGAACUAAUCCUCUGAAUCCUGUCAACUUUAUAAACCCUAUUUAUUAUUCACUGGAGCCGGAAAGUUCGAAGAAGUCCCGAGAACAGACGAUAGAGGACUACAAGUGCAUGUUGCAGGAACUGGACGUGUUACUGAAGAAUGUCCUCCAGAUUGGUGAUAAGCUAAUUGAAGUGGUGUGUUGGAAGGACUUUAACGAGACUAGAAACUGUUUAGUGAUUGCAGGGUUCCUGAUCCUCGCCCCCUCUGUCAUCCCCCUCAAUAUCCUCCUACUAGGUGUUGUUCUGUAUCUCUUCUGUUGUAAUAAGACAUGUUAUAAUGCUCUCAGGGGGCUUCUCACUGAGAUAGAUUUUAAAUGUAAAGUUGCGUUGGAACAGGACUACGAGAGGGCAGAGAGUGAUGGUGAGUUUGAGGAUUCAGCCGAGCUUUCAAAUCAGCCUUCUCUCCAUGUUCCACUGGAUCCAGUUCAGGAAUCACAGGAUGAUAUUGAAGAGGACGGAAUGUCCCCGAGUGCUCUCUCUUGUUCUCGACCCUGCACAAACUGCUCUAGUACUGGCUGUGGGGAGGUGAUGUGUGGGUUUUGUGGUAGGAGUUACUGUGCUAAAUGCUGUUGUAACACUGUUGUUAAGGCCUCGCUGGGGGUUACUAACCCUGAUACUAAACAUGAUUUGGUGAAAGUAUGUGCUGAGUGCGCUCUUUACUUGCCCGGCACUGGUUAG